AUGAAAAUUUCACGUGGUGUUCGACAAGAAACAGAAGUAGACGAGUUGGAUUUAGUAUCAAUUGGAAAUCAAAUUGUUUUUGAUGAAAAUGGCAAUAAAAUUAAGUUUGGAGAUGUUUAUAAAAAACAGAAAACCAUUAUAGUUUUUACAAGGCAUCUAUUGUGUUUUAUGUGUAAAGAAUAUGUAGAAGAUUUAGCUGUGGUACCAUUGGAAUAUCUUCAGGAUGCUGAUGUAAGAAUUGUAGUUAUAUGUCCAGCACCUCAUAAAUUUAUUAAGCCAUUUCGUAAAGUAACAGGGUAUAACUAUUCUAUGUACAGUGAUCCAGAUAGAAAUAUUUAUAAAGCUUUUGGUUUUAAAGAAAAGUUGACCUCCACUACCUUGUCAAAAAGUAAACAUGUAAAGUCAGGGUUUAUAAUGGGAGUUUUGUCAAGUACAUGGAGAGCUAUGAAAGUACAGGAAUACCAGGGUGAUGUUAAACAACAAGGGGGAUCACUCAUCAUCGGGCCAGGCAAUAUUAUUCAUUAUUCACAUCUAGAUCAGAAUCCUACAGAUCAUAUGGCAAUAAAUGAUUUACUACAAAUAUCAGGUGUUCAGACUGUUAGUUUUCCUAGAGAUCCCAGAGUCAUACAAGUUUGA